CUCACUCCCCCAGCUGCGAUCAUCGCUGGCCCGGACUACUUCUUCUCGACAUGGCUGGUCCGGAGGAGAUGGCGGAGGGUCUCUUGGCGACGGGCGUCAAGCGCCCGUCGCUGGAUCUGGAGAGUCUGCAGCGGAAGAAGUUCAAGACCGAAGAGCUGCCUUUAUCCGCGGCGCAACACACGGUGAUCGAGAAUCUGCUCCACUCGUUCAAGAAACGCGGCGGGUUCGACACAAUUCGGAAGAAGAUAUGGUCUGAAUUCCACGAUGGGGUAUUUUUCUUUUUCUACUCCUGUUUGGGUCUGUGGUGUUGGUCCCGUGGCGGUUGCUAAUG